AGUAGAUAACUUAAAAAAAUGUUAUUGUCGUUAUAAGUUCUUAAAAGAACUUUUAUGUUAUUGGCGAUUUUAGUUGACAUCUCGAGCAGUAUUCGACUUGAGUACGUGUUGUAUUUACAUCGUAUAUUGUAUUAUAUAUAGUAUAUAAAAUAUAAUUUGCACUUGAAUAUUUUGAUCCGAUACUUUUUCUAUACUUUUACUUAAAUUUUAGCUGCGCUCGAGAUAAAUUAAACAACGCUAGUAUGAAAUUAUUAGCCGCAUAAACUCAAGAAUGUAUUGCGUUACAGGAAUCACAUGAAAAAAAUGAAUAGGUUCCUGCUGGAUUUGCAGAAUCUUGAUUGGCAGAUUCAGGACAAUGAAACCCCGUUGCGCGGUGAUUAUCCGAGAUUCCGCAGAACCGAGCUGCUGACCGACGGCGCAAAAUCGGUUAUUCCACGGAAAUGGCUUCUGUCGUCUACCCCGCACGAAGCUAUCAGCGAGGGUCCCGAGAAACGUGACGCGCAGAAAUUUCAGUAUUCUAACUGCAUAAAAAUCAAAGCGUGUCCGUUGAUAUCGAAACAGAUCUAUUCGGGAGAUAGAUUCUUACCGUGCCGACGCGGCUAUAGUUUCGAGAUGGCUCGUUAUCUAUUAAAAAAGGACGACACGACAGAUGAGGAGGAGGAUACGCAUGUAAUAGACGUUUGUGAACAGGUUGAUUCGCUGGAUGUUACAUACCGACGUAAAGCUUUGCGUGCUAUAAUGAUGGAGCGAGCUAUAAUGCCAGAAUUAAAUCAAGACAAGAUUUUACGCUUUAGCGGCUCGAUAGUGCGGCCUCGGGAUCCGCCGCGUCCGGAAUACGAGACGAAGGGAAGCUGGAAGUGCGCGCCGCGCAAGUGGACCCUGAUAGGAAGCGCGGAAAAGAUGUUGUCCAUGCCCGAUCAAUUCCCUUUGCGUAGUGAUAAUAUCAGGGUGGUCGACUGGAGCUGCAACGACAUGUUCGCCGUGACCGAUUGCAAUCAUCUAAAUAUAUUUGAUAAAAACGGCGAAAAGUUGUCAUCGUACAAAACCAACUUCAAUAAAAUUAUCAACGUUAAAUGGAGCAGCGACGGCAAUAAAUUGAUAAUGGCCGUCUCCACUUCUGUUGGAUUUGUUAGAAACGUCUCGAUGCUCAUGCUAUAUGAUUUGAAGAAAAAGAAGAUCUUGUGGAACGUCGAUUGCAGUUGUAUAUUGGAUUUAACCCGUAAAGAAGGCUGCAUUAUACGUUGCAUCUGCUGGUCAGCUCACGAUCGUCAGAUUGUCACCGGAUGUGCCGGCAAAAUAUCGAUAUACGAGCCCAACACGGGCAAGUUGCUGCAUUCCACUUACGAGCAUACGUCUGACAUCCUAACUCUGAGUUUUUCGCCGAAUUUCAAACACCUCAUUUCGACCGGGCAGGACAAAAUCGCUCGAAUGUUCACCUGGCCGGAAUUGACUCCUUGUUUCGAUAUUAAAUUCUUUAAACCCGUAAAGGCGAUCGCCUGGCAUCCGAAAGUGCCCGGCUUGGUUUGCAUAGGUGGAAAUAAGAGCGGAUCGUUGUCAUUAUGGAACGUCAACAAGUGCGCGAUGACAGCUUAUGUGAGUACCAAGUUCAACGGUCGCGUGGAAAAUCUCGUUUGGAAUAAGUUAAGCGGCGAGUUGGUCGUACAUUGGACUUACAUGGAGGGAGACAACCGAUACGCCAUCGUCGCGGUGCUUGCCAGUUUGAAUCGGAUCGUCGACGUGCUGCCACUGGGUAAAGAAACGCAGCUCUCCUUUUUGAAGUUCAACGCCGCGCACGAACAGCUGAUAACGUUUUGCAGCAGUAACGUCUGCUCGAUAUGGAAUUUUUUUGGCAACGACAAAUCAUUCAAAGGACAUAGGUUUACACGGCGGAAGCAAGGAGUCAUGAUCCACAAUCCGAUUCGAUAAUUACUUUUAUUUAUAAUUUAUUCUAAACAUUUUACGAUAAAAUCAUGUAAUCAUAUGACUUUAACAAACGCAUUUAAUUCUUACUCACAAAGAAAUAAUACGAUUAUGAAUCGGAAGAAACGUUAUAAAUUUUACGACGUAUUGGUGUUACACAGGCGAAAUGCACAGGGCAUAUUAAAAUGUACCUAUAUCAGUGAAAAUUUAUAUAAUGCAGUGAGAUCAAAUAUGCCAGGCGUAAAAUUACAAACAAGUAUCGUAGGUCGUAAAAGAGCUUGUUCCGAAGUGACCAUUGCAGCUGCAAUUAACACGACGCGCAGCGCAGAUAAUUGCAGUUCGGUAAAUCUAAUGGCGCUAAGAACCCAUUCGGAAGCGUUAAUUUAGCGACGAUCGUAAAACGUAAUUUCGCACCGCGCCGUGAACAGUCGACUUAUCUUGCAAUAGAUCGGCAACAGCUCGCUGUGCAAGGAAGGUCCCACGUUGACACGCGAUAUGUCGCUCGGAGGAGGACUGCGCUUAGAUACAACCCAGUCACAGUCAGCUUUUCGGAUUCCAUCGAGUCAUUAUGCUUGAUAAAACGUAUACAACGCGAUUUAGCGCGUAAUUAAAUAAAGAUCGGAAGAAAGGAACGUGUAUUUAUAAGCGAAAGAAAUCGCGGAUGCUGGUCAUUCGUCAAUAAUGGGUUUAUUUUUAUUUUUGUAUGCAAACUUGCAUGAAUAUUUUAUCGUUUAUAGCAUUGUAUAUGCAAUGUUUUA